AUGUCCGAACCAUCGUCAUCAUAUGCGUACAUCCCACCGCACAACCCGGACGACGACGAAGCGGACGAGAUCGACUCACUACCAUCAUCAUCCGCCGGCUCUAGCACACCGACAUCACCCAGCGAUGAGGGCGAAUCAGACGCGGAGCGCGAAUGGCGUGAAAGUCUACAGCAAUUAGAGCUUAUGCUCACCAUGGUCCUGGUACCCUAUCUCGGCAAAUACUUUGGCAGGAAGUGCGCAUACUGGGGCUGGGCCAAGUAUAUGGAAUGGCAGUUUCCCGUGUCGAUCGAGGUCACCAGCCCGACCGCAUUCAAAGCCGCCGGACUUGUCCAGGCAGCUGCAUCAAUCUGA